AUGAGCAUGCGCGAUGACUCGAUAGAUGCUCUACUUGUUGAGUUCGACAAGUCGUUGAAUAUGAGCCGCCGUGUGUUCCAAGACCACGUCCCUGAGACCGGUACUGGAUCUUCGUUCCCUGGAGGCGACGACUGGUUUGCCAUCUUCAAAAAGGCCAAAGCUCGAGGCGAACGCGAAUGUGCUAUCUGCAUUAACGCGUUCAGCUCGUCAAUGGAGGGUGUAUCUCUCCUCAGUUGCUCUCAUGCUUUUCACUCGCAAUGCCUCUCUGCAUUCGAGGACUUCAACAUCUACGAAGUCUCGCUAUGCCCAGUUUGUCGCGCUAGUUAUCGGAAACAGGCAUGGCUCCAUCUUGGAAACCUUAAAUAG